CCCAUUCAGAGCACGGAGCUCCAGCACCAACCCACAAACCCACAGACGCACCAACAACCUCAAGACAGAGGCCGGAAGCUGAGGCGCAAAGGAAGGAAGCAGAACAAAGUCUUCUCUUCGCCUACGCGUCUUACAAGAGAGGAGUCUUCGGUUCUUCAUUCCAACAGCAAAUGGAGAAGGCAGGACAUCAGCAUGUGAUCGGCAUCCCAGUGAGCAGCACUGCCAUCGGCAUCGAGGAGCCGGAGUUCACCAGCGAUGGAGCUACCUAUGUCCACGGUGAUGCAAAAUACUCGACGAGCACACGUACCGGCGGCAAAUCGGGCAGGCCAGGGGACAAGUUCGCUCGAGGAAUCAGAGAGCAUGUGACUCUAGGCCCAAAACUGUACGAGACCGUGAGGGGCAAGCUGUCGCUGGGCGCAAGAAUCCUCCAGGCCGGCGGAGUGGAGAAGGUCUUCCGGCGGUGGUUCGCCGUGGAGAAGGGCGAGAAGCUCCUGAAUGCCUCGCAGUGCUACCUGUCAACGACCGCCGGCCCGAUCGCCGGGAUGCUCUUCGUAUCCACAGAGAAGGUGGCCUUCCGCAGCGACCGGUCGCUGGCGCUGACCUCGCCUAAGGGCAACACGGUACGGGUGCCGUACAAGGUGGCCGUCCCGCUGAGGAGGGUGAAGGCGGCCAGGCCGAGCGAGAACCAGCACCGGCCGGAGCAGAAGUACGUCCAGCUGGUGACCGACGACGGCUUCGAGUUCUGGUUCAUGGGCUUCGUCAGCUACCAGACAUCCCUGCAGCACCUCGAGCAGGCCAUCGGCGCCGCGGGGGGUGGGAUGAAGGUGCAGUCGUCGCGGGGCGCGGGCACCGGGAGCGGGACGCGCUUGCGGCCUACCGCGGCGUGAAAGCUACGCGAGCGCACGGCGACGCCGAUCACUGUCCGACUUACAACACGGGCAGCAUCGUGAUUUGGAAGACCUCGCCGGCAUCGGCGACUAUGCGCAGCGCAACAUCGCCGCCGGGAGCUCAGCAAGGUGUGAGGACGGGCGCUCGCCCGAGCUGGUAGCCUACGCGACCUCCCUAUACGUGAGGCUGGAGGGGAACGACGAACCGCGUGAGCAUGGGCAUGGCCGUGAGGACGCCCCGAGCACGGCCACGAGCCUUGCAGCGGGGGCCCUCUAAUGGCAUAUCAACGGGCGAUGUGGAUUGGUAGGUGCUGGAAGCCUGCAACCGAUGUCGAUGGGCCGCGGUGUGUACGAGUAGCAAGCUGUGGUGGAGGCGCGGGUGAGAGUGAUGAUAAUGCUGAAGGAAAUGGCACACUGAAGGGUGUGUUUGGUUCGGAAAGGAACUAGAAUGGAAUGACACACUAAGGUGUUGGUUCUGUUGACAUUUUUGACUUUUCAAUUGAAUAUUUACAUUGAAAUGUUUCCUA